AAAAAGGCGCCGUUUACAUAGCGUUAACGUUGACAUCGCUUUUCCCAGUUGGUCUCUGAUACUUUUUCUCUUGUUGUUGUGGUUGUUGCUGUAGUUCUUGUUGUUCAAUGAACAGACGGAAACUAAACUAGAGAGAGAAAGAGAGAGAGGAUAACUGCAGUUAUAUUCGUCUCAGUCCCCGCCAGAACCACCACAGGAGGAAUAUAUACACAUAUAACACCUAAAUACAGAUAUUUAUCUACACACAACCAGAGAAUUCUAUAGAAAAUAACAUUAUAUAUAUAUAAUAUAUACUUAGGAUAUAAUUAUAUAUUAUAUAUAUAUAUUUGUUUGCACAUAUAUAUAUAUAUAUACACACCUUACAAUUCAUCAAUCAUGUUUCAGAACGGUACGGACGAAGGAUUUGUUAACCCCGAGCAGAUUGGUUAUGUAGGAUUUGCCAAUCUUCCCAACCAGGUUCACAGGAAAUCUGUGAAGAAGGGUUUUGAGUUUACUCUACUUGUGGUUGGGGAGUCUGGCUUAGGAAAAUCUACUCUGGUUAACAGUUUAUUUCUGGCUGACCUUUACCCCGAGAGACACAUUCCAUCUGCCUCUGAGAAAAUCACUCAAACUGUCAAGAUUGAUGCCUCGACAGUAGAAAUUGAAGAACGUGGAGUCAAGUUGAGGUUAACAGUGGUCGAUACUCCUGGUUUUGGGGAUUCUUUAAAUUCCGAAGACUGUUUCACGCCAAUUAUUGAAUAUAUUGAUGAACAAUUUGAGCGCUACCUCCACGACGAAAGUGGUCUAAACAGACGGCAUAUCAUCGACAACAGAGUUCACUGUUGUUUCUACUUCAUCAAUCCAUCUAGUCAUGGCCUGAAACCUUUGGAUAUUUCAUUCAUGAAAGCUGUUCACCACAAAGUCAACAUUGUCCCAGUCCUCGCCAAGGCUGACACACUCACCAAAAAAGAAGUCUUGAAUCUAAAGAGAAAAAUAAUGGACCAAAUCGAUGAAUACGGAAUCAACAUCUACCCCCUCCCAGACUGUGACUCUGACGAAGAUGAUGAUUACAAAGAGCAAUGUCGGCAGUUGAAAGAAGCAGUGCCUUUUGCUGUUGUUGGUUCAAGUGAAUCUUUCGAGGUGAAUGGGAAAAAGGUGCGAGGUCGGCGUUACCCGUGGGGAGUUGUGGAGGUCGAAAACCCCGAUCACUGUGAUUUUAUUAAACUAAGGACAAUGUUGAUCACACAUAUGCAGGACCUGCAAGAGGUAACACAAGAAAUACAUUACGAAAACUUCCGAGCUGAGAAGUUGGCCGGUGGCAAAGUAGUUAAACAACGAACCAGUCGAAGUGGUGUGCAACAGCCAGAAGCCACUGAUCGUGAACAAGCUUUAAUGGAGAAAGAGGCUGAGCUCCGUCAAAUGAAAGAGAUGUUGGCCAAAAUGCAGGCAGAAAUGGCAGCUCAGAAAACCGGUAACAGUCCUGUCAGCAACCAUCAGCCAAGACAAAAUGGCGAAGUCAAGUCCCAGAAUGUCUGAUCUGAUUCACUCAGCUCAACCCAUUCAAUCCUUUGAUGCUGAAGAAAAAAAGACUUCUCCCUCCCCCCUCUCUCUCUUUCUAUCACUCAAUUCCCUUCUCCCUUUGGAUCAAUUCCUCCAAAGAACUGUCAAAUGGUUGUUGGUCAGUGUUUCUUGUUAUUACCAUUUUUUUUUUGUUCUAUUUCUUGUCUCCCAACAAAACCACUUAUUUCUCCUAAUCCUUCAAUUUUUUUUUUCCCUUUUUUUACUGACAACACAUGUAUGUAUAUAUGCACACACACAUACACAAACACACACACACAUAUAUAUAUAGAUAUAUAUUUUGUGCCCUGACCUCCACCACAAAAUAUGCACUGCCAACUCUGGAAAACUUAGACAAACCAAUGUCGCAGCUUGGCCCACAUGGAUGACCAAAUCCAUUUUUUGAGAUUACGUAACCAGGGCAACCCUUUUGAUUUCUUUUUCUCUGUUUCAUGAGUUUCUUUUUAAUCGUAUUGCUUUUAUUAAGGAUGGUGGAUGGCAGAAUAAGUACCUCAUGGUAUUGAAGUCCCCUUACCAACUUCAAAUCCUGUCUGGUAGACUUUUCUUUUGCUCCUUCCAGGGGUUGAUAAAAAUAAUGUAGUGCCAGUCAGACCCCCCAGAAAAUGAAUGUACUCUACUGUGCCCUUGUGCGCAAUUUAGAAACCGUGGGACCGGCCGUAAGCCCAAGACGGGGAACAAAUGUAGUGGACCUGGUUUGACCGACCAAAUCGUGGUGAGGGCAACUUGACCUUUCAUCCAUACGAAAGGUCACUAAAGCAGAAACCAGGAAAUAUAGUCAGACUGUAUGUGUGUGAGGUGGCAGUUUGAAUCAAUGAAAUGUGUGCCUCUCUUUUCAAAAGUUUUGGGUCUCCUGCUCACAACAAGAGACCCUAAUUAAUUCUAUUACUACAACAACUAAUAAAUAGUGCUGCUAUCACGACCACAAUUAAAGCCUGCAAGGUGGAAGAAUCGUUAGUCAGAAGAAAAACCUGGUAGGGUUUCCUCCAGUUUUUUUUUUUUUUUUUUUUUUUUACAUUCUGUGUUCCGAUCCCAACAUUACUGUCAUCCCGUUCAGGGGUGAUGAGUCAAGUACUGGGAUUAAUGCCAUCAACUAACACCCGCCUCCAAAUUUCAGGCCUGUUAUUACCACCACCACCACUACAUAUUUGUGAGCUGGGUCCUCACAGUCACCAGUUUCUCCAAUUCUUAUAGAGCUAUAAUCCCUAAUUAUUCUGAGUGUAGUUUGGGGUGCAUGUAUGGUACAGAGUUGGGGCUGCGUGCAGUGUAAAAAAAAAAAAAAUUAUUCCUCAAGAUUUUAGGAGAAAGAAAGAAAAAAAAAUGAGGAAACAAGAACAACAACAACAAACCAUGUUUAGAUAACCAUCAAUAUUCAUCAUAGUUUUUUUUAUUAUAUAAAAACAAAAUUAUGAAAAUAUAUAAAAAAAAAUAUAUAUAUAUAUAAAUAAAUAAAGACAUUAUUAUUAUUUACUCUUUGUGACCAAAAAUGAAUAAUUUCAAGAACAAUACCAAGUAAAAAAAAAAAAAAGAAAAAUCAAAAUGUCCACUAUGUUGAGCGAGUUUCUUCACUCAACUUUCUUCUUCAAGUGGAAUUAGAUACCAAAGUUACAGCAGAGAUAAAGAGGCAUAGUAUAUUAUAAGCAUCAUCAUCAUCAUUAUUAUUAUUAUGUUUCAAGAAACCAAAAUCAAACCAGCACCAUCAAUAUUUUUGGUGAACACUUCUUUAUUUUGGCUUGGUGCCUUUCUCAACUGCCCCACACCCCACCCUUCCAACUAACCCCCUACCCAGCCAUGCUACUUCUUUCUCUCUCUUUAACUUCAUUCACACUGAUAAAGAACAACCUGUGACCCUUUUUUUAUAUAUAUAUAUAUAUAUAAUUGCCCCCAAUUUUGUUUCUGAAUAAUGUAUCCCCAUGUGCCCCAUGUUUUGUUUCCUUAUAUAUUAUGGGACAAAUGAGUUGUAAUUGUUGGUGGUGAUGUCUACAUGUGCUGGGCUAAUAUUUGAAUAAGAAACUAUACAUACAUGUAGGUUUAUAUGUGUGUGUAUAUAUAUAUAUUUAUAUAAAUAUAUAUAGACACAAAUAUCUAUGCAGAUAUACAUGCAAUGAGGUGCAGUUGUCACAAUCCUGUUCAAUGUGCAGACAGCUGUUAUAUAUAUAUAUAUAUAUAUAUAUAUAUAUAUAUAUAUAUAGCUGUGUGUAUAUUGAAACAGGUGUCAAUUGUUUACCAUAGCAAAAAAGAUUUUAUUUAGAAUUAAUCUAUAAAUAACAAACUAUUAAAAUGGCUAAAACAAACGGCCCCUUGCUUUGGAGAUUUUUGCUCAGUGGUGUCUGUUCUAACCCCUGUUUUAUUGUGUAAAACCGUUGGACAAACGAACACUUUUUUUUUUUUCACGAACACACACACAAACACAUCUAUAUAUAUAUAUGAAUAUUUUUUCAUUUGCCUCUUGAGUCAACUUCUGGUUCAAUAUUCUUUUAGCUUUUGUGAAAGUCUUUGUACAAAAAAAAAAGAGAGAAAACAAACAAAAAAAAGCCCCACAAAAACUAAAAACAAUUUGCCAACAUAUAUAAAAAAAAAGACUAUUUCUAAACCCUACACUCUCUCUUUCUCUAUAUAUAUAUCUCAGCUUCCGUCUUUUCCUGUCAAAUUUCGUAAUAUCAUUCAAUUUUUUUAGCAGAAAAAAAAAAAAUAAAGGUUUCUCAUUGCUACUCAUGGGGCACUUUUUUUUUUUCUUUCACCGCCCCUGAAUCCUUUUUGUAUUUCAUUUUUUAUUAAAAAAAAAAUCUGUGAUUUAAAAAAUUUAAGAAUGCCAAGGGAAAUAACUAUGAAUAAUAACUAAGGGAGAUAAACCACGUUAUAGCAUGCCUUUUUCUUUUUCCCUUCCAUUCCAGGUAAAAUAAUAAUAAUAAUAAUUUUCAGCCGAAGACGUUGUCUUUAUUGCUAACCUUAGGUAUUUCCUUUGCCUUGGUUCAUUUCAGCUGGAAUUAAUUUUCGAAAUUUAAUUUUGUCUAAUUUAUAGAGUAGCUUCCCAUAUUCCCCUUUAUGACAAUAAUAAUGUUUAACACAUUUUUCUUUUAGCUUCCUAUUUUAUACUUGGAUAAUUUUUUGUUCAACUUUUUCAACACGUAUAUAUAGAUAUAUAUUAUAAUAUAUAUAUAUAUAUAUAUAUAUAAUGUAUGUAUAUAUUUCUUUAAAUUUUAUUGUCCCUCCUCAUUUGUGCUAAAAACCAAGACAACAGUUGCUGUACACUCUCACUUUCUCCCCCACACGUACAAUAAAUUUCUUGACAAACGACUGGAAUUAUAAGCGCUAGAAUUUAUAUUUAAAGUUGUCUCACUAAACAAGAUUCCUAUCUCUCCACGAUAUUCUCGCACUCCCUCUUUGGUAAUUAAUUUUUA